AUGCCGAGAGCGGAAUUCUUAUCAUUGCUUUUGAAAGGUGAAACAUCAUUGAGCAGAGAGUUCUCAGCAGAAAUUUACAUCCCCAACAUCGUGCGUAAGCAACACGAGGACAAAGGAAAUGUAUGCAUGGCCUUAAGAUCAGAAGUAUCUGGCAACUGUCUCUACAGUUCAGUGUCAUUGCUUUUGGCAGUUUUUUUUCCUAGCAAAACUAAAAGGACAAUUUCUGGUCCAACAUGCCCAGUGCCUUCAAAAAAAGCAAAAGCAGAAAAAAAGUCUGGGAAUAUCAGUAAGUUUUUUUCAAAAAUGGAAAAACCAGAAAUCAUUACAAGUGAGGUUUCUUGUACUAGGGUUUCUGAACAAACCAUUGAAGAUUUACAGGUAAAGCCUAAAUUUAGUCACAAUUUUGAUGUAGCUACCUACUAUGAAAGAGCUAAAGGUUUGAAAAUGUCUGAUAUUUGUUUCCUUAUUAAAAAUGUUUUUAAACCAGAUGAAAAUUACACUUUUCCUCCUUUAAGUGAGAACAAUAAAAGGUCUUUUAAAUAUGAAUGGCUCAAAGAUUUUACCUGGCUGUGUUAUUUACCAAAGGACGAUGGUGCUUAUUGCUUAUCAUGUGUUCUUUUUGGACAUCAAUUCCCAAAGUUAGAGCUGGUGAUCAAACUUUGGAAAAUCAUUUGCUCAAAUGUGGCAAGAAUAAAAGUAAUAUUUCCAAGACCAGUCAAAACGAAAUCAUCAAUUGUAUUGGUCAGAUGA